AUGGCCGAUGUCUCGACAGUUGACGUCUCGAGGGUUGUAAUACUGGUGCGGACUGAUUCUUGGGUUGGGACACCUAUAGUCAACUCUACUGAGGAUGACACUAUAUUCGAUACGGAUUCAAUUGGGUCCUCUGAUGAGAAACCUGAUUCAGAUUGCGAUGGUAGGGAUGGUCUUGGUGAUGUUGUUGCUGGCGACAUAGAGGAUUCAUCCGGUGAGAGUGUCAGGACUGACGUAGAUACGAAUGAGCUUGUAACUGCUGCCGUUGAAGAUAAUGUCGUUCUGAAUGAUACCAAUGAUUCAGAUUCCAGUGUAGACUCCGAAUCAGCCUUUGAGGUCAUCUGGGACGUCAGUUGUAGGGACGAUAACAAUUUGGAUGUUGAUAAUGAGAUAGUAGCUGAUGAAGUUGUCAACGGUGUCAGCUCGAGUGUCUCCUCUGAUGUGAUUGCUAAUGAUGAUGACGAUGAUAUAGAUGUUGGCGAAGUAUUAGCUGAUGCAGUGGAGGGUGAGGUAGUUAAUGGUGUAGACCUGAGUGUAUCCUCUGAUGCUGUUGAUGUGAAUUCCAACGAUGAGGGUAAAUGUGUAGGUUCUGAGGAUAUCGAUAUUGGUGACGUUGGUGAGAUAGAAUCCAAGUCAGAUGAGAUGCUUGACGUAGAACCCGACGACGUAGACAAAAGGGUGGAUGAAGUUAAUAAGGAUAUCUCCGAUGACAUUGAAUCAAAGGUAGACGAUACAGGUAGUGUAGAAUCUGAUGAUGUUGGCUGUAAGGUGGAUAAAACUGAGGAUAAAGUAUCAGAUGGCAUCGAAUCUGAGGUGGACGGGAUAGAAGAUGUAGAAUCUGUUGAUAUAGAUUGUGAGGUGAAUGAAGUUGGCAAGGAAGUCUCUGCUGAUACUGCAUCAGAGGUAGGCAAUGUUGGUUGCAUAAAAUCUGAUGAUAUAAACUGUAAGGUGGAUGAGAUUGAUGAUGAAGUCUCUGGCGAUGUCGAUGUAGUUGUUGAUGAUGUUGCUAUUUCCUUUAUAGCUAAGUUCCAUAAAGGUGCCGAAUAG